ACUUGACCCUCGCUGCUGAUUGGUCGGAGCGUGGCCGACGCCUUCUGACCGCACAGCCAGUCGGAGCCUGCGCUGGCUGCGCGCCGGUUCCGGGGAUCCGGGAGGAGGUCUGUCAGUGCGCACCGGGUGUCCGUCCUUCCCCUCGUCACCGAGCAGUCGUGCAGAUUCCCCGGGGAGCAGCCGGUUGUGUCUAACGUUUAUUUUUAAAAGAAGAAGAAGAAGAUGGAUCCGCUGGUUGCUGCUGUGGACCAGGGCACAAGCUCCACGAGGUUUCUGGUGUUCAAUGCAAAAACAGCCGAACUGAUCAGUCACCACCAAGUGGAGAUCAACCAGAGUUUCCCCAAAGAGGGCUGGGUGGAGGAGGACCCGCGGGAGAUCAUGCAGUCUGUUCACGAGUGCAUCGAGAGGACCUGCGAGAAGCUCUGCAAGCUCAACAUCGACGUCUCCAACAUCAAAGCGGUGGGAGUGACCAAUCAGAGAGAGACGACCCUGGUUUGGGACAAAGAGACCGGCGAGCCGCUCUACAACGCCAUCGUUUGGUUGGACCUGCGCACACAGUCGACAGUGGAGAGGCUCAUUAACAAAGCGCCAGGAAGAAACAAGAACCACCUCAGGCAUAAGACGGGCCUUCCCAUCAGCACCUACUUCAGUGCGGUGAAGCUGCGCUGGCUGCUCGACAACGUGGACGAGGUUCACGAGGCGGUGCUGAGCGAGCGCGCCAUGUUUGGCACGGUGGACUCCUGGAUCAUCUGGUGUCUGACGGGGGGAAAGAACGGGGGGGUCCACUGCACAGACGUGUCCAACGCCAGUCGCACCAUGCUGUUCAACAUUCACACCAUGGACUGGGAUCCCGAACUGUGCAGGUACUUCGACGUCCCGAUGGAGAUCCUCCCCAGGGUCAGGAGCUCGUCGGAGAUAUACGGCUGGAUGAAAUCCGGCUCUCUUGCAGGAGUUCCAAUUUCAGGGUGUCUCGGUGACCAGUCAGCUGCUCUGGUCGGUCAGAUGUGCUUCGACGAAGGCCAGGCCAAAAACACGUAUGGGACUGGCUGCUUCCUGCUCAGAAACACAGGCACCAGGUCUGUGAUGUCCGACCACGGCCUGCUCACCACAGUCGCCUACAAACUGGGAAAAGACGAGCCGGCCUGCUACGCCCUGGAGGGUUCAGUCGCCAUAGCGGGCGCAGUGGUGCGGUGGCUGAAGGACAACAUGGGGAUCGUGCAGUCCUCCUCGGAGAUCGAGAAACUAGCAGCAGCAGCGGGAACGUCGUACGGCUGUUACUUUGUCCCGGCUUUCUCCGGGCUCUAUGCCCCCUACUGGGAGCCCAGUGCAAGAGGCAUCAUCUGUGGACUCACACAGUUCACCAACAGGAACCACUUGGCCUUUGCUGCUCUGGAGGCCGUCUGCUUCCAGACCAGAGAGAUCCUUGAUGCGAUGAAUCAGGACAGCGGCGUCCCUCUCACACAGCUGAAUGUGGACGGAGGGAUGACGUCCAACAGGUUACUGAUGCAGCUGCAGGCCGACAUCCUCUGCAUCCCCGUAGUUCGGCCCACCAUGUCAGAGACCACAGCUCUGGGUGCAGCCAUGGCGGCAGGGGCGGCGGAGGGUGUGGGCGUGUGGAGCCUGAGCCCCGGUCAGCUCCCACAUGUCACAUCAGAGAGCUACGAGCCUCAGAUCAACCCUGAAGAGAGCGAGUACCCGCUUCGCUCGCUGGAAGAAGGCUGUCCAGAAAGCCAUGAACUGGGAGACCACAGAGCCCUGCUGCAACGGUGGUGGUUUAGGGAAGAAGAUGAACGACGCCCCCUGGGGGGUCCAUCCCACUCCUCCCCCCACCAGAGUGGACCACUAAGACCACCAGCAGAACCUGAACUGUGUGGAGCCUCUUUGUGGGGAACAAGAAGACUGUGGAACACGAUGGAACUGGACGACCGCUCGAUGAGCGUGCGAUCACCUUCGGUGAGGUGCAGCCUCCGAACAUUCCUGCGAUUUUUAAUCACGAACCUCAAGUGCCAUCUGGAAGGAAGGAAAGACGCGACCUGCAGCCAGGAACGGUUCCACGCUGUCCAGUAAAACCGAUGAACCCUGCCCUUCAACACAGACUGUUGUUUCUGCUGUACCUCUCACUGCACCCACAGGGAAUCCUGGACUUAUUUUUAAUGUGCUCUGUACUAGUGUUGAUGUCUUUACCCUUUUCUCCCAAAUCCAAGCACAGGGUUCUACAUGGAGUGGGAGGGGCCAUUUUAAAACGGGGUUGGAUGAAAUUAGAAAAUCGUCCUUAAAUAAUUUAACUUACUGUGAUCUGAAAGCUGACUUACUCUUAACAGCACUUUAAUUUAUCCUGCUCAUGGAAAAAUAAAAUCAUCUCAUUUUUUUAA